UAAACGUCGAAGAAGAAGAAGCGCUAGUACCGCUAACAAUGGCAGCCGCUUCCACGGAGUUACGGAUGGAUCAGCUCCCCACAGAUCCGCUGCUUCACAUUUUAUCCUAUUUGGACUUCAGGGACUUGAUGCACUGCAGCUUCGUCAGCAGGCGUCUAAAUGAGCUCUUCAAACAUAACCCUCUGUGGAAGUCUCAGUGCUACAAACACUGGCUGCUGACAGAUGCGGACCGGCUGCGGAUCGGUGUGUCCUGGUUCUGCCUCUUCAAGCAGUACUACUCAGACCUGGGGCGCUACAUCCAGUACUAUGCGGUGCUAAAGAGGGCGUGGGAGCAGCUGAAGAGCUUCCUGCAGCAGAGGUGUCCACGCAUGAUAGCAUCACUCAAAGAGGGCGCCACCGAGGUGGAGCUGAACGACAUCGAGGCUCAGAUCGGCUGCAAGCUCCCAGACGACUACCGCUGUUCCUACCGCAUCCACAACGGUCAGAAGCUGGUGAUUCCAGGGCUGAUGGGCAGCAUGUCUCUGUCCAACCACUACCGCUCGGAGGUGCUGCUGGACGUGGAGACGGCGGCCGGAGGCUUCCAGCAGAGGAAGGGGAUGAGGCGCUGCCUGCCGCUCACCUUCUGUUUCCACACCGGCCUCAGUCAGUACAUGGCGCUGGAGCCCGCCGAGGGACGCAGGAUGUUCGAGAGCUUCUACCCCUGCCCGGAUCAGACGGCGCAGGAUCCUUCAGCCAUCGACAUGUUCAUCACAGGCUCAUGUUUCUUGGAGUGGUUCACAACCUACGUGCACAACGUUGUUACAGGAGAGUAUCCAAUCAUCAGAGACCAGAUCUUCAGGUAUGUGCAUGAUAAAAGUUGCGUGGCAACCACCGACGACAUCACCGUCUCGGUUUCUACCUCCUUCCUGCCCGAGCUUUCGUCCGUCCAUCCGCCGCACUUCUUCUUCACCUACCGCAUCAGAAUAGAAAUGUCCAGCAGCGCCUCGCCUGAAGCCGCCUGUCAGCUCGACAGCCGCUACUGGAAAAUCACCACCUCCGACGGCAACGUGGAGGAAGUCCAGGGACCCGGCGUGGUCGGAGAGUUUCCGGUCAUGACACCUGGAAAGAUACACGAGUACGCCAGCUGCACCACCUUCUCCACGCCGUCAGAGUACAUGGAGGGUCACUACACCUUCCACAGACUCGCCAAUAAAGAGGAAGUUUUCCAUGUGGCCAUCCCUCGCUUCCACAUGGUCUGCCCCCCCUUCAGGGAGCCCGUAGUCCGAACGCAGAAGACAUCGGCUAGCUACACGCCUCGCUUCGACGACCACGACGAUGACGGCGAGUACUGCGACGGAGAUGGCGACGACUUCGGCGACCUGAGGGGAAUCAACAUGGCUGCCUUGGAGGGCGCGUGGUGCCCUCGGCACAUCUGACCUCUGACCUCAGUUAAUCGGGUCGACAACAAUAAAAGCUCCUGAAUGGCCUGAUUGACACGCGGGGGGGAUUAUGGGACGGGUCGCUCCAACCAACCAGAGCCAUACAGGGAUGGAGUUGUAUCAACUUUCAGCUGCCAGUGAAACAAGAAAACUAAAUGUGAAUGAGGUGCAGUUUUACAGAAAAGCUCUUUUCUGUCGGGUGUUUUUGUCAGGACACUGUUGGACAAGCGAGGACGAGACAGACCGGACAGACGCCGGCGCUCGGCAUCGUGGUUAUCUGUGGCAGACAAACACAGCAGGGAACAAACUGAUGCCGGCUGCUUCAGCUUACAGUUUAGAAUCAGAAAAAAGAUGAUUUGUGUUGACUAUGAGAUUUGAAACUUCUUGAGUGAGUGAAGCUUUUUGUGAUGAUGAAAAAAUGUGGAUUUGGUACUUUGUUGUAGAGUUAAGGUUUUAGUUCUCAGCGGGCCGGGAGUUCUUCUACAGAGCCAUGUUUUUCCACUGCAGGAUCUUAAACCUACUGACAGACUGACUUUUCAAGGCUUCAAAUCCACAAAAUUUGAUUUAGCAAGAUGUUAUUCUGCCCCCUACUGGUGAGGCUUCAUAGUACGCAAAGAAGGUAUGAAUAAAACACAGACUCUGAGCCCAGUAUGACCACAACAAAAGGCUUGUUUGAUCCAGAAAUGUCUAAAAGCUGAAGUUCUUCAACAUCUGUAGUAGAAUCAGCAAAUCUGAGCGUUUUUAUUUUUCUUUAAAAAUUCUCCUAGAUGAAUUAUUAUCAAACUAACUCUAAUUUAGGUUACUUGUAAAUCAGAGAGGUUGUUUCCUGUAGUAUGAGCCAGUUGUAGUCUGCCCCCUAGUGUACAGAUCUGGAAAUGCGCCUGUUCUAUGUGUGUUACUAACGCUCUAUAUUGGUAAAAAGUGUGACUUUCUCCAGUUUAAUGGUGAGUGACCCGAGGCCUCCUCAGCCAAAUCUUUUAUUGUAUUUCUUUUUUAUUUUCUGAAAAAUAAUCAAUGUUUUCAGCUCCUUAAAUCUGAUACUUUUCCCUGUCAGGAGACACAAAAAAGGAAUAAAUAAAAAGUAGCUGCAGCUUUAGAUUGUGUUACCUUAGAGAUGAGUUGGAGUCGACAGCAUCUGUCACGCUGCUUUAAGUUGUUGCAGUGGAGAAAAAAAAAAAAAGCAGGGUUUAUUGUGCUCUUUUUAAAUGUAUAUGAAUCAUGUACACACUAAAUGCAGGCAGUGGUCAUCCAGAAGAGGAUUUGGGUUUCUUUUUAUCUGAGGGUUAAAGUGUUUUGUGCUUCACGCUUUUCUUAAACUUGAGUUAGUACCUUAAAGCAGGUUUCUUUCCUUUCUCUCCGGUGGAGGUGGGACGGUCCGCAGGUUCGUUUUUGUAUGUUUGGAUUAAAUAAAUCAGUUAUAUUCA